AUGCAUUCCAAACUGUCUUCGGUGCUUGUCGCUAUCCUUUUCGUCUCAAAUGUAUUGGGAUCUCCAAUAACCAAAGACUCUAUCACGGCACUCUCUUUGCCUACCAAUUACAAUCGCCACAUUCGAGCUCGUGCAGAGCCAAACACCGGCGAUGCAGACCUCAACCCAGAUGAGGAGCCCCAUCCAAACAAAUUGGAAAAGGUCGAGCGUGCAUUCAACGACGCUUUUGAACUUGCGGGUUACGCCACAACCGUCAUCGAUGAUCCGAACCGCCAGAACAUCUUCACAAAAUACUUCAACGAAGAAGACAGAGCCAACGUCAGGAAAGUCUUCGCCACAAUCUGGACGCAACCUACAGACCCUAAUGCGCCUGCUGCGGAUGGCGGAAGCCCUUUCCUUGGGGAGAUCUUGGUACAACAAUCAGACUCCAGAAAUCUUUGCGGUGAUCCAAGAUUGAUUGCGUACCUGGACCAGAACAAUGCACCGAACGAUGUCGCCCUGGUCCUAUGCCCCAGGGCUUUCGAUAAGAAAGGCGUAACAGUCAUUGAGGGACAGGAUCCACAGGGCCCGGGCGCAGAGAACCACUAUUUAACCUGUGACAGUAUAGGAGACAACGUGAGCUUCAGAAUGAACUCACUUGGGAUGACUUUGCUCCAUGAAUACACGUAA